ACUUGGUGCCGAGAUCGAUGAAGUGGCUGGCAGAGCGAAGAAGAAGAAGAGGAGGAAGAGGAGGAGGAGGAGGAAGAAGAUCUCGGCAGAUAAUGAAAGAAAACGCGCCGCAGAGCAGCUGUAGACCAACGCGAACGAAGGCGGAGAAAAAUUACGAGGGGCGGAAAAAAGCAGAAGAAAACGGAGAAAUAAACGCACAUUUGUUUUCGGUUUUGGGUGGAGAGCAACACAAAUAAAAAAAAAAAAGCUUGACGGGGGCGCGGGGGGUGGGGGUGGGUGGGUUUUGGACCGUGCGUGUGCACGUCGCUCGGCGCAAGGAGAUGCUCGGCAGCAUCGAGCGUGGAUGCGCGCUGAAGGCACAAAAGGAGACUUGAAGAAGAAGAAGAGGGUCCUCCAGUGGGUGGCGUGGGAGUGCGAGGAAGUACUUAACGGCGCUCACAUCAUUAAUUAGCCGCCAGAAAUCAAUACAUUCGGACUCAUCGAUAAAUCCAUCCGCGAUGGACGGGAGUCUGGGAGAGAUGUCGCUGCACGGCCACGCCGAGCUGCACUCGCGGGACCUCUCGGCCGCCUUCCCCCGUCCCCCACUGAGCGCCGGCCCCCCUCUGGAACCCGAGCCACGGGCCCCUCCGCCAACCUUCGAGCACGCCAUGUCGGCGCUGGGCUACAGCGGCGACUCCCCGUCCGGCUCGGGCAGCACCUACACCACGCUGACCCCCUUGCAGCCCUUCGAUGACAAGUUCCAUCACCACCACCAUCACCACCACCCCUGCCUCCCCGUCAGCAACGUCAUCGGGAGUUUCACGCUGAUGCGCGAGGAGCGAGCCGGCCUCUCCGCCAACUUCUACAACCCCUACGCCAAAGAUCUCGCCAUGAGCCAGAGUCUGACGCCGCCCACUUCGGGUCUAGGGUCCAUGCACAGCUAUGGAAGUCCCAACGGCGGGGCCGGAGGUGGCGGCGCUGGACAGAUGCUCCACGGUGGCUACGACGUCCACGGCGGGAGCCUCUUCUGCAGGACCUCGGACUUCGGGCGAGAGAUGUCGCCCCCGGGAUUGGGUGCCGGCGACAUGUCCAUGGGGCACCAGCUGAACAAAAUGGACGGGUCGGCCCAUCACCCUCACAUCUACAGCCAGCACUACCAGGCGCACCACCACCCCAGCCAGCCGGCUGCCAAGAUCGCGGACCACCUGCAUUCCCUAACGUCCUCCCCGGGGGACGGCACCUUGGGUGGCGGGUCCCCAGGGGGCGGGGGCGGCGGCGGCGGCGGCGAGGAGAUCAACACGCGUGACGUAGCCCAGAGGAUCAUCACGGAGCUGAAGCGCUACAGCAUCCCGCAGGCCAUCUUUGCCGAGCGCAUUCUGUGCCGCUCGCAGGGGACGCUCUCCGAUCUCCUGAGGAACCCCAAACCCUGGGCCAAGCUCAAGUCCGGACGCGAGACCUUCAAAAGGAUGUCUCGAUGGCUGCAGGAGCCCGAGUUCCAGAGGAUGGCCUCGCUCCGGCUCGAGGCCUGCAAGAGGAAAGAGCAGGAGCAGAGCAAGCUGGAGAGGAACCAGGGGCCCAAGCGCACUCGGCUGGUGUUCACCGACCUCCAACGUCGCACCCUGCUGGCCAUCUUCCGGGAGAACCACCGGCCCACCAAGGACCUGCAGGUGACCAUCUCGCAGCAGCUGGGCUUGGAGCUCUCCACCGUCAGCAACUUCUUCAUGAACGCGCGGCGCCGCAAUCUCAACAAGUGGAGCGACGAGGGCCGCCCGUCCUCCACCGGGUCCUCGGGAUCCAGCGCCUCGUCCUCGGCGGUGUCGUGCAGCACGGCGUGAUGGCGGCGGGGCGGGCGGCACGGGGACACGGAGCCGAGUCUGAGCAGUGACCGGCCGGCAUGAAAUGUCCUCCUGAAGGCGCGGAAGCAGCCGUGAGCCAUCAUUUCAAACCAAAGCGUAGGGCGGGCGCCCUGAAGUGUGGCUAGGUGGGGGAGGGCGCCGCGUUGAUACAAGUGCGGGGCGGACGGUCCCGCUUGUACAGUGGUACCUUGACUUUUGCGAAUCAUUGCUUGUUUAAUUUUGUUUCUGAACGUAAAUCGCGGAUGUACGUUCAGACGUUUAUUAAACGGGAGAUAUAGGCCCACACAAACAAAAUGAAAACACUCGCACAUUGAGAAGAUACGAGCACGCUUAGAGCGACCGUGGUACUCCGGAUCUUGUCACUCACUAGGCCACGCCCCUUAAAGGCACACAACACACAAAUGUCCACGUUUGUGACCUUUUAUUUUUCACAAAGACAAAAUGAGAACAAUUGCAAGGAGCAUGCUAACAUUCCGACUAGCUGCGGCUCCUGAUUUUACUCUUUUGGCCACGCCCCUUAAAGGCACUCAACACACAAAUGACUUUUGUCUUUAUUACUUAAAAAAUAUCGUUUAACAAUACAAAUGUUUUUUUUUAAUUACACAAAUACAAAAUGGUAACAUUCUCAAUGCGCAAUGAGAACACACAGUGAAUUAAAACCACAUGAUAACUGGAUGGUCUCAAGUCUAGAAUUGAGCCACACCCCUUUAAGGGAAACAUCAACACACAAAAACACACAAAAAAGUUUGUGUGAAGUGUGUGUGUGAUUAUCGACUUAAUUAUAAAUUAAUUAUAAAACCACUUCAAUUCUUUCCCUUUUAUUUUGUGAUGUCUUCAUCUUUAUUUUACAAAACAGUGCAAGUUUUCAUUUUCAUUUCAAAAAUGAAAAAUCAAGUGGCGUUUGGUCACGGAGUCGAGGUACCACUGUACAGUCCUUUCCGUGAGGCCAUCUUGUCGGCUUCUUGUAGGUUAGUGGGCGGCGAGAGGUUCCACCAAUCAGGAGCAAGCAUAAUUUUGGUGCACCUCCGGCCUCGCCCGC